AUUUCGAAAAAACUCUGAGAGCCGUUUUAUCUUAAAUUUUGAAUUCUCUUGGCAUUGCUCUCAACAGAUCUCUCAUGUCGGAGGAGAAGGUAAUCAUUGAUCUCUGUAGCACGGACGAGGAGGAAGACAAUGCUUUCGGUGAUGAGAAUAACUAUGACGAAACGGAUGAAGAAGAAGAAGAAGAUACGGAUUCAAGUGGCGAUGAUAGCGAUUGGAGCGACGGUGAUGCUACGGAGUCAGAUGUUGAAUACGAUGAAGCUGACGAGACCGGGGGAAAACGCGAUAAUGAUGAUGAUGAUGACAAAGUCACUCUCCUCCUCACAGCCGGAAGCGAUUUGAAAUCUUUAAAUGUAAAAGAGUGCAAAGCAUAUCUGAGGAAGUACGGUCUAAGAUUGUCUGGCACCAAAGCCGUUUGUAUCGAGAGAAUUGUUGAGCAUUGGAGGAUUAAAGAUGGAAGUGGGGAAGCUGUGUAUCCAAGAUCAUCUUUUGUUAUCAAUUGUAAAGGUGAUGUCUGCAAAGGAGACACUGUUCUGUUUACACAGAAGGUUCAUCAGAAGUAUGAAAAGAUGAAUUGGAGUGGAAAGAUUAUGGGGAGAAGAACUGUCGCUGGUCAGGUUGUUAAAGAAAGCUAUGGGACUGCUAAACAACAACACACUUUCACUAUUGAAGUGCUUUGGUGCGAGGGGACACAUAAAUUGCCUCCUCUGUAUCCAUUACUAGUGAAAGGACGAAAUCUUUAUAGGUUAAUGACCUUGAGGCAGCGAUGGGCUAAUGAAGCAGACAGAGUAAAAGUUCUUUCUGAAAAGCAUAGCCGCGGUGCCGCAGCAAGAAAGGUUAUGAGAGAAAGGAAAAUAAAGUCAGGCUAUGUACUAAAAGAUGGAAGACUUCAAAAGCCUGGUCAUGUGAAGAAGCCGAAGACAAGCAAAAACGACAAAGAUGAGAAUCUAACCCAGAUUUCGGCUAAUCAUUCACUUGUUGCUUUUCCAAACCAAAAUCCUUCACAGGGCCAUAAGAAUCCAUCACAGUUGAGAAAUAUGAAUCCCCCUAAGUCCUACACUUCCCAUUCAUAUGCUCCUCGACCACAUCCGCCACUUACAUACGCUCCUCGACCACAUCUGCCACUUACAUACGCUCCUCGACCACAUCUGCCACUUACAUACGCUCCUCGUUCAUUAGCUCCUAUGAAUGUGCCGCAUUCACAACUUCCUCGUCCAAACAUUCCUCCUUACAACUCAUAUACUUAUUCAACACAACAAAACCAAAGACCACCACCAGCUUUCUACAACAGAAGACCUGCCUCUGAUGCCUUGCAAGGACAAGCAUCGUUCAAUCCACAUGCCAAUACACAUGCUAUUCCAGUUACACAUCAGAGGAGGCCAUACCAGAACCAACAUACCCAUCAUGGCAGCUUGAACAGUGGCUACAACCUUGGCGUGAGGGACUUGGAUUACUUCUCAGAUAUGAUGAUAAGCCACAGAGCAGAAGGAUGCACAUACAGACAGAGUGAGGUAACUCACAGACCAUACAAGAACCAUAAUACCUACCAUUCCAACUCCAAUAGUAGCUACAACAAUGGGGCAAGGGACGUGUACAUGGUUAACCACAGAAGAGAUGGAGACAAUCACAGACCAAAUUAUCGAUAACACACCGUGCCUUGUGACUUGCUAUUGGAAAGCGUCCUGAUCAUUGGUUCUCAAUUUUCUGUGAUUCGUAGUAAGAAAGUUUUCUAGGCUCAUGAUUCUCUUGAUCAUCCGUUUCUCCAGUUUCUCUUUUGCAACUAUGAGUGUGAUUCUUACCUUCACUCAUCUUGAGGGGUCCAAAGACAUUCCUCAAAAAGUGCUAUUAUUACCUUGUAAUCAAGAAUGAUGGGCUUGGCUUAAUUAUUAAGCUAUAUUGCAAUGAUGGGUUUUUUUGGCUUUA